AAAGCAGCGUAGAAUUUCCAAUUCCAAUCCACUUUUUUCAACACAAAAUUUUUGACAAUUUCAAUAUUUUAGCAUCGCAAAAUCCACUUUUCCUCUAAGUUUUCUCCCCAAAUCUCGCUCUGAUUUCUGUUCCUCGCCGGAAAAACGGAUUUCGAGGCCACAAACAAGGCAAAGUUCAGUUCGCACCUCCCAUCAGUUUAUUCGUCACUAUAAUGUCUACGAGCUCGUUCAAGCAAGAGCAUGAUUUCGAAAAGAGACACGCUGAGGCAUCCCGGAUUAGAGAGAAGUACCCAGACAGAAUUCCAGUAAUCGUGGAGAAGGCGGAGAGAAGUGAUAUUCCCAAUAUUGACAAAAAAAAGUAUCUUGUGCCUUCUGACCUAACUGUGGGUCAAUUCGUUUAUGUUAUCCGGAAGAGAAUAAAACUAAGUGCAGAAAAGGCAAUUUUCAUAUUUGUGGACAAUGUGCUGCCUCCAACAGGAUCUCUCAUGUCUGCAAUCUACGACGAGAGGAAGGACGAGGACGGGUUUCUCUAUGUUACAUACAGUGGAGAAAACACAUUUGGGUGACGCCUACUGCAGUUUGCAGUUUCCUGCUCCCUCUCUCUCCUUGUUUAUUAUUGUCUUCAUCAGUCCCUGCAACCCAUUGAUUAUCUUUGUUACUGUUUGUGCCACAUAUAUGCAUAAUCGCAUUUGUAAAUAAAUUGUACAGUUGAAGACAACUUAUUAUAUAUAUAUGCUGAUAAACAUUGAUACCAAAAGUCAUUGUUUCAUCUUGUAAUCCCGUUGAAUUGUAUUUAAUGAAGUGGUAAGUUUCAACU